AGUGCUGAGAGGGAGUUUGAAAAGGGAGGAGUCUUCUGAAGGCAGCUUGCGUGAGCAAUGUAAAAGAGAAUGAUGCUGUUGCUAGGGAACAGCAGAAAACUAGCUCCCGUCCAUCUUUGGCAGCCUGCAUCGGAGGGGGAACAGGGACGUGCGCGGGAUGCGCUUCCCUUAGACGGGCGAAAAUAAUCUCUGGAUUAAAAGGCGAGCGCUCUCCUGUUAUUGGUCUGGGAAAGCCCUGCAAGAAAGGGUGGAGGCGCAGACAUCAAGUAAGAUUACGUAAUCUCCCCCAACAUCAGGCAGUGGUUGUCCCUGGAGAGGGAUUAGGAGCGUAGUCUGUCUGGAGUGGCAGCUGUUCCGAGCAGGAAUCUUCCUCUCCCCUGCGAGGAUGAAGAGGACCCAGCAGUGGGGCAUGCACGCAGUCAGCAGUGGGAGCCGGUCUUUGUCUACACCAGCGCCGGGGGAAGAAGCGGUUGCUUGUGACUGCCAACAGCCAGCUGUCCUUUCCUGGCCCGAGAGAGAGAGAAAGGAAGAGAGUGCUUGUGAUUUCCUCUUCCUACAAGAGUAGAGCUUUACGGAUUUAAUCGCGUGCUGCCUGGUGGGGAAAGAGCAGCAAGCCGAGGCCUGAAGGAGGAGACAGAAAACAGCAGGAGAACUGAGUUCACACAAAGACACCCAUCCGUCUGCUCGAGGCCCGCCGGAGUCUCCGGACACGGGAAUGGGCACGACGGAAGCCACUCUCCGCAUGGAAAACCUGGAAGUGAGGGACGAGUGGCAGGAUGAGGACUUUCCACGGCCACUGCCAGAGGAUGGGGAUUCGGACGGCCUUACCGACAACAGAACGUCUCCACCCGCUUUUCCACAUGGAGACCACGGAGGCUCGUCGGCACAGGGGAAGCGGCGCGUGCUGAUGGCACCAGACAUCCACCUGUCCCUGGAGCAGAGCGAGGGCUCCGUCCUGUCCGAUGACCUGUUCCUGGACACGCCCGAUGACCUUGACAUUAAUGUGGAUGACAUGGAAACACCAGACGACACCGAUUCGCUGGAGUUCAUCGCCAACGGCAACGAGCUAGAGUGGGAAGACGACACCCUGGUGGCAUGCGCCAAGGGAGCCCCGGGCGACGGCUCAGGCCGAGCGGGUGAUGAGGGCGAUGGAGGUGCCGGGCGACUCUGGAGGACAGUGAUCAUCGGCGAGAAAGAGCGGCGGGUGGACAUGCAGGUCAUCAGACCGUACCUGCGUGUGGUCACUCACGGAGGCUACUAUGGAGAAGGCUUGAAUGCAAUCAUCGUGUUCGCAGCCUGCUAUCUCCCGGACAGCAGCUGCCAAGACUACCAUUACAUCAUGGAGAACCUCUUCCUGUACGUGGUCAGCAGUCUUGAAAUGCUGGUGGCGGAGGACUACAUGAUCGUUUACCUAAAUGGAGCCACUCCGCGCAGGAGGAUGCCGGGAAUCGGCUGGCUGAAGAGAUGCUACCAGAUGAUCGACAGAAAAUUGAGGAAGAAUCUCAAAUGUCUGAUCAUCGCACAUCCGUCGUGGUUCAUUCGUACUGUUCUGGCCGUCUCGCGGCCCUUUAUCAGUGUGAAGUUUCUGGAUAAGGUGCGCUAUGUGCAAAGUCUGGAGGAACUGGCUCAGAUGGUCCCUAUGGAGCACGUUCAGAUUCCCGAGUGCGUCCUGCAAUAUGAUGAAGAGCGUCUCAAGGCCCAGACAGAAAGGCUUGAGCAAGACCAAAAACAGGCUGAAAAAACAGCCGCAGGAAGAUCCACAUUCGUAGCUGCAAAGGCCAAUCCCUGACCCCUGUCUGAGACACCUAACCAUGACCCCUGUUCGUGACCCCAGGUGAAUCACACAUCAAGAGUGGGAUCCACCAUCCAUUUCCUAACGCCACUAUCACCUCCACCCAACUCUCUGUUCUCAUUGGUCUGGCUGUAGAGCGGAAGCUCUCCUGGCCUUCGAGCUCAGUCACACGUUGCUGCCCCAAGCCUCCGUGAAGCACAGCUGGAAUGGAAAAUGGACAAGCCAGCGAGCGGGUGCAGAAGGCAUGCUCUGUUGUGUAAUCCCCCCACCCCCCCGAUCUGCAACACCUGAGAAAACACAACUUCUCAUGUAGUCUGCAGCUCGUGUAAAAGCUGCAGAUAUAUAAUAAACAAAACCACAACUUUUUGAAGUUUGACUUUGUGGCAUGACCAUCACAAUUCUUAAUUUUGAGUUCCAUCACAUUUGUGACAUCCAGAGCUAAUUUCAAAGCUGAGGUGCUUAAUACAUUCGCCACUGGUCCUCGGAUGGCCGAGCCAAAGCCAACUUAACCAGCCUCUUCCACGGAGCAUGGAGGAUCUCUGUUUUGAAUAAAUUCAUCGUUAUCCAGUUGUAGGACUGCAAUGUGUAACCAUAUGUGGCAGGCUCUGUUUCUCAAAAGAAUGAACUGCUGCAGUGCUGUGGGUUUUUUGCUGUGCUGGAAAGAGGAGACAGGACACGCCCGUGCUCUUUAGCACCGAGCUCCACUGCUGUGUGAAACCCAAGACAGACGGCAGAGCAUCUAAUGGCAUGCCGCCAUCUUUAUUAUUAUGCUAUGGGGACACUUUAGCUAACUGCCGUAAUCUCCAUAGAUAUUGAUGUACAUGCCGUGAGUGGGUUCUUCUUUGUGUGUGGUUAUGUACCAGGAUUCAUUCACACAAGGAGACAUGACUCUGCUACUGUAGUACAGGGUCAUAGUGAGUGCCAGGGUCCGUGGUGUUAGUCUCACAUAACCAAAUGGACUGCCUGGGGUGUAAGAAAUGCUGUAUAAUGUAUCAUGAGCUCUGUCAGCUGGUUCGCUGGUUUCUCUUUUUUACAAGUUUUCCCUCUGAUGCUGACAUCACAAGCUAGUGAAGUUUCCCAUCAUACCCUGUCAUAAACCCCUUAUCCAAUACUUAAUGUACUGCGUAACACAUCAUACAUAACAUGAAGGUUUAACAAAUCACUUGUCACGUUUAAAAUAUUAAAUGAAACUUUCAUGAAAAGAUGAAAUGUUAAAAAUUAAUGCAAUAAUCCUCAACAGCAAACAUCUGAUCACACAUUUAAUCUCACGGUUUUACUAUUCAACUCUGCUACUAACGCUUGCUUUUAUUUGGUGUUUUCAUUCCAUUCUGAUGUGCAGUAACUUACAGUUUUAUAAAAGUUCAUUACCUGUUUGAAGGAUUCUUUGAAAUAAGUUACAUCCUUCUUCUUUAUAUACUGAUCCUACUGUUUGUACAGUGUAUUGUAAGCAAAACACUUGAGAUCAAUUUCAUAGAUACUGUAUUAUAUGAAUAUUGAUUGUGAAGAUGGUUGUUGAAAGAGACAUUACGUGUAAUAAAAGCAUAAACAUAAGUAA